CUAUACUAUACUAUCCAUAUUGAUUAAACAAAUCGUGUAGCAAAAUAUUAGCCGCUUAACACGUUGACUGCCAAGUACGCGGGCGUCACUUAUUUGCAAGCUACGGGUAUACUCGUACUUUUAGCAUGUGAUUUUAAAUAAAUAUUGAAACUUACGAUGGCCCUGAAGGUUCAUUGUGCGCACUCACAAAUUUGUGCACACGCACAUUUUUUACUCAACGCACACCAUUCUAAUAUAUUUUUGUAUGCAUGCAUGACUUUAAAAUAUACGCACGCGAAAUUUUCCACGCGCGCCUCGAAUUUGAACUUCCACGCACCUGAAUAGACCCGCAUUCAAUAACCCGGAAAAAGUCACUGGGUCUGGAUUUUAUACAUUUUCUCGACUACGAAAACAGAGCAGCCACUUUCACUUUCAUGCAUGAUACUGAACAACAUUGUCGAGAAAUGGAAUCACUGUUGAAAAGAAUAGUCAGGGAAGAAGUAGAGCGAGCUCUCUCCUCAAAUCCUUCCAGUAGUACUUUUGCACCACCAAGUACAACCACUGUCAACAGUCAUGUUACCGCAAGCUGCACCACCAUCACCACCAACCCUUCUAUCGGCAGUAACCCUAAUGCUAAACGCAGCAGAGAAACUAAUGGAGACACUCAACUAUCCUCCCAUCCUAAAAAGGAGAAGACUGAAGUACGCCUUAAUAAAUUGCUGAAUCAAAUACAAAAGAAAACGCCGAACAAACAAAAUACACCUAAGUCUUCAAAGUCAAUGAAAGUGCAAGUGAGAUACCAAAGAAAAGGCAUAUGUGGCAAUUUUGUUACCGUUAAGCAGUCUGAGGGUUCGGAUAUUCUUAACCUCUCUGCUUUUAAGAAUGAAAUGUAAUUAACACUGUUUUGUCAAGAAAUCAACUUUUUUCAUCGCUAAAUAUCUUAUUGGUACUACCAUAAUCAAUUCUCGCUCAAUGACGAAUUCAGUUUUCGCGCAUUUGAUCUAAAGUUGGUGGAAAUUUAAUUUGAAACUGGGAGAAUAAGUUAUGGAGAUUUAUCACAUUGUAUGAGAAAUGUAGUUAUAACCACUAGCUUGAAAGUGUGUAUUAACUUUAUGUUAAGCAUGUAUUCUACAUGUAUUUGUUCACAGCUUCUAAUAAACUAAUAUAAACUUCAAACGCCUCAGUUAUUUUUUCUGGCCGUCUGUUACUUCUUCCAUUAUUCAUUUCAAAAACAAUUUUUGCGAAUUCUAAAAAUUCUGCGCUGUUAUCUUGCAAGGAAACGCAAAAUUGUGGGUCGUCAAAUUCGUCCACUUCUGCUAAGUCUACUUCUUUUCUAAAGGAUUGAGAGUUGAAAAUUUCUGGUACAAAGUAUAAGGUAUCUAACCGACCACGAGGCAGUAUUUUGUUAGAACUUGGCGCCAGUAUAUGUUUGUUCCAUCUCUCCGCGAAUUCCUUCAAAUCUUUCCUUAUCAAAUGAAUGAAAGAGUAUCUGACACACUCAGUUAUAACUGGAUUACCUGAGUCAAGUAAUCCAAAAUCUACUAACUCCUUAAAAAAAUUUCGCCACCAUAUAAUCCUGUCGUAUCGGAAUUGCGACCAUAAGGAUUCAAUGCGUUGAUUUGCCGUUGAUGCCCCGAUUAAAUAGCUGGCCAACCCUUGAAAUUCAUCAUCAUGAGCAGAGCGCAGUGCAAUUUGUAUAGCUUCUACGAUACUAUUCUCCGUCCCGUCGUCGGAGCGAAUACGUAGGGGAACUGCAUUCAUCUGUUUCACAGCUUGAAUGUAAUAAUGUGCGAUUACUUCUGGUUGCUUAUUGGUUACACCUACUUCUAACCAAAUAAUUCUCCGCGAAAACCCGUCGAUACAACCAUGUACACUGAAUCCGAAUGGUUUGAGCUUGUCAUAUCCAUCGAUGUGCCAUAGGUGAUCAGGUCCAGGGACUGUAUAGACCCUUCUCCUCAGCCGCCUUUUCCUCCGCGUGGACACACCUUCGGGAUCUAAUUCUCGCAUGAUUUCCAUGAUAGUAGCUCGCUUAGCAGGAAUCCCCAAAUUCUUUAUUACAUUCCAAACCUUUCUGUACCCUAUAAAAAGAAUAUAAUAAAUUAAUCACCAACAUAGAUUGUUUAGAAACAUACAUGAUUAUAUGUACUUAAAGUGGCAUACCCAUUGAGUUUCCACUGCCGAGUAGUUCCAUUGAAACCAAUUUUUUAAUUUCUUCUCUGUCUUCGAUCUUAGCCGGAUGUCGUCUAUACAGUCCCAACUUGGAAAGCGUUCUCUUCAAGCUAGACAAACUCACAAACACAUCAUGCUGUGCUGCUAAGAAUCCCAGGAUUUCUAGAUUACUAAAGCCUUGUCCAAAGUAAGAAGUUAUUAAAGCAUCUCUAUCAAAACAUUUUGAACUUAAACAAGGCAGAUACGAUGUCGCCAUGUUGUUUCCUGCCCCGCAAACAAAGCAAUGAAAAUUUAACAAAAUCAGGACCAGAUGAAAAAUAUCGAUUAAAUUUGUGCCAAAAUGCUCUCGCGGGCGUGAAUGAAUUUUUCCUUGCGCGUAUUAAUACAAUGGUGCGUGCAUCAAAGCUGUGCGUGCAAGACUAUAACUUGAGCGCGCGUAAAUUAAAGCACUUAUGUUCCCUGGAAUGGUGCGCGUUGAGGAAAUUUGUGCGUGCGCACAAUGAACCUUCAGGGCCAUCGUAGAAACUGAUUGGCGUAUUCUAGUCACGUGAAUCUUAUUUUUCUAAGUAAAGGAAAGCUUUGUUUUUAAAUGUUGGCCAUGUGUGUAAAGUUCGUGAGUGGGUAGCUAGGUAGGAUCAUUAGAGUCUCAAAGCCUCGAUGUUUAGCACAAAGGUGACAAGUGACAGGGGAUCAACAACGUGACUGAUUACCAGAACUAGAUAUCUUAAAAGAGGAUGGCCUCACGGCCUAUGAUAAACUAUAUACAUUUUACAUGCCCCCUUUUUGGAAGCCAAAUACUAUUGUAGCGUUCAUAAUAUACAUGUCCGUCAAUCAUGUGAUUGACCAGUCAUCUUUGGUGAUAGGGGACGGGGGCAUCCUCGUUGACGUGUGCUGCGUCUGGGUUGUUCAUCGGGUGAUGGAUGGCUGAUUGCCUGUCUUGACGGUGAUAGUGUUGUGGGUUCUUGGGGAACGUUCGGGGGCGGAGCGACGGAAACGUUUUGCGGUUGUUGCAAAGGUGCUAGAGGGGGGGAUUGAGCUGUCAUCGUUGGUCUGGCGGCAAACUGUGAAGAUCUCUUUGAGGAAUCGUCUGUUUCUCAAGGUGGUGUGUCGGCUUCCAUCGACGACGAUCCGAUAUUGGCGGUUCGGCACAGUCUCGGAUACGAAUCCGGUACUGUUCCAUUUCUUUGGUUGAUUGCCUUUCUGGUUCUGUAUUUGCACGUAGUCCCCUACGUUGAGUGUUGGUAGUUUGUUGGUCGUUUCUUGUGGCGGUUUGACAACGUGUCGUUUUGCUAGCGCUUCUCUCUUGCUGGCGAUUUCUUGCCAUUCGGUUCGUAGCUUGACAUUUGACAUUGAAAGGUGAUCUCUGAUUGGUUGACCGAAUAAUGUUUCUGCUGGUGAUAUCCCGGUGAGUUGACAGGGGUGUUACGGUGAGUCAUAAGAACGUUGACAGCGUUUUCAUUGUCUAAUUUCCCGUUUCUUGGAUCAACAUUGCCGAGGAGGAUGCGCUUAGCUGAUUUGACAACGGCUUUCGCUCUCCCGUUGCUUUGGGCAUAGUAGGCUGACAAUAAGCGUUGGCGGAUCC